AUGACAUUGCAGGCAUGGUGACAUUAUCACGGAUUUACGUCUCUGUAAAACAGAUUGGCUGAGCAGUAUUUCCAUAAGACAACGGAUGAGAGACGUGACUGCAUUCCCUCUGUACAAUGAGAGCAAGGUUGGAGAUCUUAGCCCUGGUCCUGGGCUUCAUCGGCCUGUUUGGGACCAUAGCCGUCACUGCCCUACCCAUGUGGAGGGUCUCUGCCUUCAUCGGUGCCAAUCUCAUUGUCAUGGAGGAACUCUGGGAAGGCUUGUGGAUGAACUGCUACAGACAGGCUGACAUCAAGAUGCAGUGCAAGAUGUAUGACUCGCUGCUAAUUCUCCCACCAGAGCUGCAGGCAGCCAGGGGUCUCAUGUGUGUCUCCAUAGUCCUGGUUGUCAUCUCCCUGUUCAUCACAGGAUGUGGGACCAAGAGGAGCAACUGCUGUGGUGACAACAUGAAGUGCAAGAACAUCACCCUGGCCCUGGGGGGUAGUUUGUAUCUACUUUCCUUUUUGACCACGCUCAUCCCUGUCAGCUGGGUGGGCCACACUGUCAUCAGAAAUUUCUACAACCCAACUGUGCUGGAUUCUCAGAAACGGGAGCUGGGGGAGGCCCUCUUCAUAGGCUGGGCCACCUCUGGUGUUCUGCUGAUCACCGGGAUCAUCCUUCUGUUAAGCUACAGCAAACGCAGAUCAAAGGAGGAAGAGCCCUACACUGAUGCCUAUCUCAUGGCAGCGAGGGACAUAAAGAAAGAGGACAGCGUUUACCUGGAGAAGACACCAUCCAGCUUUCAUAAGCAUCAUGAAUAUGUGUAACUAGUUGUAAACUAGUUGUUACUGUAUGAAAUUAAUGUGCAAAUUCCACUUUACUGACUCAGUUGUAAGACGGUGCCUGAAGAAGAUCACAAGACCAUGUCAAGAGUGUAAAAUGUUGUAUAAAUGUAAGUACACAUUUUCAUCACUGUGGCUGUUUAAACGACUAAUGUACUUUGUGUUCUCAUUGCACUAUAAAUAGUUUCAUCUCCAUUGUUUGUAUUGUCUAUCCAAAUCUGUCACAGUUGCACUACGAUAUUUGAUGGAUAUGCUUAUUUGCUGUUAAUGUAAUCAGAAUGUUUAACAAUAAAGAUGUUGUUUUUAUUGCA